AUGGUCGAUUUGUCCCUGAAUUGGAGACAGCUCAGUUCAAAGAUUGAAAAACCGGGAACAAAAAAACUGAAUAAAUCAAAGGCAAAGCAGAACCAUAUACGAAACUCAGUAGAGAAAGACAAACACCUUUUACGUUUAAGAGAUCAGCGAGUCAAUAAUGAUGGAUCGAUUAAUGCCCAACCCUUAGAAUAUACUCUCUGGACAACACUAGGGAAUAAGGAAAUACAAAAGGAGCGUAUUGACAAAUCUCCCAAUCACAUAAUCAAACCGGAGAAAGAUAGGAGAAAAGAUGUUGGUAGGAUUUUGGCAAUAGAUUGUGAGUUUGUUGGUGUGGGGCCCGAAAAACUGUCAGCACUAGCCAGAGUCACCAUCGUCAACUUUUAUGGGCAUGUAAUUAUGGAUGAGUACGUUAAGCCAAGACAGCGCGUGACAGAUUGGAGAACUUGGGUCUCGGGGAUCUCGCCUUGGCACCUAAAGUUUGCUAUUAAAUUUGAUGAUGCACGAGCUAAGGUUGAGUCCAUACUUAGGGACAAGAUUUUAGUAGGGCAUGCUUUGAGUAAUGACCUUGAAAAAUUGCAAUUGUCGCAUCCACCCACAAUGAUCAGAGAUACCAGUUCGUUUCCGCUUUUCAAGCAAUUUUCGUCCGGUAAAACUCCCAGCCUAAAGAAGCUAACCAAGGACUUUUUGGAUUUGGAUAUUCAAACAAGCGAACAUAACCCAAUUGAAGAUGCUAGGGCCACCAUGUUGCUUUAUCGCUUGCAAAAGAAUCAGUUUGAAACUUUUUCAAAGCUGAGAAAAUAG